AUGCCACGACCAAAGCCACCUUCUCGAAUAGAUACAGUCGCGACCCCUCUAUUCGGAAUAUGUUGGUUCGGUGAUCCAGGCGAUGGCACUGACAUUGUCGCUCAUUGCGGUGGAGGAGGAUCUGCAGCAACUGGUGUUAAGAACAUAGUCACUGUUAAGAUUGCAGGAGCAGAAGAGGAUUUGAUAAUUUCUACUGGAGAUCAGAUUGGAGUGGCUUUGAGCGUUGUAAGAAAUCCACUGAGCGGCAAGAUAUAUCUCUACGUUGCAUUGGGGAACAAGGUGAAGAGCUAUAGUUUACCAGACGGCAGAGAAGUUGGUGAACUUGAUGUUUGUGACAGUGUGAACGCGCUCUCAUUGAAUUCAAUGACGGACCGCAUUGCAGUGGGUACAGAAAACGGAACAGUUAAGAUCUACUCCAUCGAUGUUGAUGAAAUGCAGGCUGAUCCACUUCACGAAAUGCUCGGGCAUUCCAAAGCUGUUUGCUCAGUGGCUUGGAGUCCACGUGGGAACUCGUUAGUCUCUUCCGCCAAAGAUGGCACAGCACGAGUUUGGAAGGACGGCGAAGCUUUUGCUGAGCUCAAGUGUUCAAUUAUAGAUCCCCGAGGGCCACCUCCAAAAAGAAUAGGACAAAUCCUUGUCCGCGGGUGCGCAUUUGGAGACUUGGAAGGCAAGGUGAUAUAUACUGUUGCUUCUGGAAGAAGAGGUAAAGCUUUCUUGUCGGCAUGGGAGCUCAAAGGCGAUCAAUUUGAAUGUGCAGUUCGAACUGAGUGUAGUCCAAAUCCGGUCUCUGCAAUGAGCCUUUCUGGAGAUGCAGGCCUUCUUGCGCUUGGAGCAACGGACGGGACUGUAAUUCUCUGGGGCGUUGAGCGUUGGAAACCUAUGAAAAAGUUUCCAGAAGUGCACGACUUACCAGUAACAUGUAUUGCUGCCAGACCAUUCCCUGUCCCCUUGAAUGGCGACGAAGACGGUGUGCAGAUGCAUGCCCUGAGCGCAUCCGCAGAUAGCCAGCUUGCCUGGAUAACGUUGGAAAGUAAAUCCAAAGGAGGCAAGGGGUCACAAAGAUCGUUCAAGAGUAGCGUCAAUAUGCUAGUGAGAACAGCAAUAGUGACCAGCAUGUGUUAUCCACUUGCAAAUGAAAUGUGGUGCAAGUGUGAAGAUGAGUUGGCAACCAAUGGUCUUGGAAAGAUGAUUCAGUGCAUCCGAGACGACGUCCUGGUCGCAAGUAACUCACGACCAGGCAUUCUUGUCCCUCCAUACUAA